CAGCGAAUGAAACGGAAAGCGCCUGCCUCUUGGACUUAUCCCUCUCCUCCUCCUCCUCCUCCUCCUCCUCCCGCUGCUGCUGCUGCUGCUGCUGCUAGUGAAUCCAGCCAGCGACUUUCCAAUGUCUCGAACCCAGUUGGUAGUCGACAGCCGGACCACCCUAGGAGCAGCUGGGAAGAUCAACAGCCAAGAAAUGGCAAAGCCGAAUGUUCAUUAUUUGGCUCAAGUAGAUCAGCGGUCGAAUGUAGCCUACAACCAUUUCCCAAGUCUCCUCGGCUGGGUUUCGAGAGCCUUCCGACCCAGAAUGUAGCUGAAACGCAGCAGGGCGCUAAUGACAUUGAUCAAAUAAAUAUAGAUCCUAUCCUUGCGGAUAGCCAGGGUCUAUCUGCGAAUGCACGCCAGUUGUCUGUCCACAUAGAGGAGCACGAUAGCCACAGGAGAGAUAGUCCCGAGCUCAGCCUAGGAUGCUUCCCGUCUAUAGCCAUACGCCAGACGACAAGUAACAGAUUACUCGCAACUCCAUCCGCGAUCAAUAUCGACCAAGAGCCAGUGCUGGUGUUUGACGAAGAAGACCACGAGCUCGGCCUUACUGUUGGUGAACAGAUCUCCGACGACAGUUCUCAGGGGGACUUCAGCAACUACCGAGACACCACUGCAACCCGAUCGCAUAGCGCAGUCGCGUGUCCGCAGGGCCGUCCGGAGUCAGCUUGGCCGCUUACGCAAAGAUCGACAUCACCAGAGCAUGGUCAUCAGCAGCAGAUCAGUGCCGAGCAGAUGGCAGUCUCCAAGUCAAGCUCUGUUUUAGCGGACCUUCCACCUCAGGAUACGAGCACAGGGACAUAUGAACAAUGGGAACUACAUCAUGGGUUGUUGAGUCGUACUACACUCGGCUCCGAAACGCACUUUCAGAUACAAUUUGCAUGGGAUCACAACACAGAUGGCCAUGUCCGUCCCGGGGACUGGGAUCUUCCAAAUGCCCACCUACAAUCUACCGGCGACGGUACACUCAAGCUGUGCUUUUCUCGGGACGCUGGUGGGGAGCCGACCAAACAUCCUUCCAAGAAGCGUCGGCGCUCCUCUAAGACGGUCGAAAAAGCUAAGAAGGUCAAAAAAGCCAAGAAGGUCGGAAAAGCUAAGAAGAAGCAGUUAGCCAUUAAUACGGAAGCUGAUGACGAAGAAGAUGACCAAGAAUAUCCAGUUGACUGCAUACUCGAGAAAUACGGCAGGAAUCAGUUCCUCGUCAAGUGGAUGGAGGGCAAGCCGAGUUGGACGACAAGAGAUAAGAUCCAUGAAAAACUCACAGAUGACUUCGACAAGGUCUUCAAGGGUUAUGGGCGCGGAAUUGAACUCCUCGAGGUCAGGGUUUCCAGUAAGCGUGUCAAAGAGUACCGUGUCAAGUGGGGGGAUGAUCAAGUAACUUGGGAGAGAGCGGGCCGAAUCGACUGGAGCGUCUACCAAGGUAAGAUACCUAGCUUGGUUGUGAAGCAAUAAGGGAGGAGAAGACGCUGGAGGAAGAUAGCCGCGAUCGUGGCUGGCCCAUGGAGGUCCUUGCUUAGUUUGUUCC